GCGAAUUGCAAAACAAUAAUAAGCGAGCAAAACUAAUAUACACAUUUGGAAUACAAUAUUCUACAAAAGUCGCAACAUUCUCAAUGAUGACUCAUGAAGUAGCAAUGUUUUCUUAACCUUAAGUGAGUCUCGAUGUCGAUCUGUUUCUUUCAAUCGGCCCGGUUAUUUUCAAACCGGAUGGGGAAUCAAAGUUAUAAAAUCAAUUAUUGACAAUUUAUUUUAUAUCAAACCCGAAUAUUUCGAUAUAUGGGGAGAUUCGAGCCACUCUCUCUCUCUCUCUCUCUCUCUCUCUCUCUCUCUCUCUCUCUCUCUCUCUCUCUCUCUCUCCUUUGUCGGGAACGCAGGAAAUAAAUUGAAUUGGAGUUGACUUGUUUUACUCACAACACGAGAUCAAUGACUAUCGAAAAUCAAUCGCUCUUGAAGAAAGAGAUAGAGAAAGAAAAUGGUACGAAUCCUAAGAUAAGCAGGUACUGGAUUCAACGUUACGAACUCUUCUCGAGAUAUGACGAAGGGAUCCAAAUGGAUGAAGAAGGAUGGUACUCUGUGACUCAUGAAGAAAUCGCAAUCAAACAAGCUGAGAGAUGCCGUGGCAAAUCGGUCAUCGAUUGCUUCUCAGGUGUUGGUGGUAACACUAUUCAAUUUGCUAAAGUAUGUUCUUCUGUAAUUGCUAUCGACAUUGAUCCAUUAAAAGUUAAAAUAGCAAUGAACAACGCAAAGGUUUAUGGAGUUGCUGACUGUGUGGAUUUUGUCGUUGGUGAUUUCAUCCAUUUAGCUCCAUCUCUCAAAGGAGAUGUAUUGUUUCUUUCACCACCAUGGGGAGGACCAACGUAUUGCCAAGUGGAGAGUUUCAAGAUGGAUAUGCUCCAACCGAUAGACGGGUACUCACUGUUUAAGAUUGCUCGAUCUAUUACUUCUAAUAUCAUAAUGUUUCUACCGAAGAAUGUUGAUUUAGCCCAACUAGAAGAACUCGCUUGUCUCUCCUCGCCUCCUCUAACUCUUGAGAUAGAAGAAAACUGUGUUGGAGGCAAACUUAUAGCCCUAACGGCUUAUUUUAGUUGCAAUGUGGUUUAGUUAAGAAAAUUGAAACUCUAUUGCAUCAAAGGAACUCUAUAUCUUGCAUGCUACGUCAAGCAACAAAGGAACUGAUUCUUGUCAUUUCGUUAUUUUGUGUUGUGUCCUACAACUUUGCAAUUUCUUUUAAGAGAUGUUUCCUUUUUUAUUAAUUCUGAUUCUAUUUGCAAGGAGGUAAUGUGUGGCUGAGUCUUGUUAAUUGUUUCAUUCUUGUUAAUCAGUUAUAGUUAGAUCAC